AUGUCCCUCGGGGGGACCACAGGCGACAACACGCGCCUACUCGGGAAGGCUCCAGAGGAGGAGGAGGAGGAGGAGGAGGAGGAGGAGGCGAUGCAGGCGGAGGGCGUGCGGGAGGUGGCCGUGGCAACCGGCCUGGAGGUGCUGUACCAGGAGACCCCCAACUACCGCGGAGCGGCGGCGGAGGCUGACCGCAUGAUCGAGCCUAGGGAGACGGCUAGGCAUGCCUGGCGAGUGCCAGACCUGGGACUGGGCAUAGUCCGCAGCUCCUUCACGGCACGCUUCUUGUCAAUGCCUGCAAGGUAA